UUCUAACAUUAAAAUGGGUGGCUUUACAAAUAUUUUAGUUAGAUCAUCAAUCUGUGAAAAUGUCUGAAAAAUUAAUGACUGAAAUACACACAAUGAAACUUAGAUGCGUGGUAAGAUUUGUUCCUGCAGUGUUUAUUUCACUGUUCCCAUGUUUAGUAGUAGUGAAGUAAACUUACUUAUUUUCGCAAGUUUUAUUUAAAAUGCUUUAUGUGGGGAAGAAAUAUUGCUCCAUCAGAAUAAGGCAUGUGUCAGAGGAAAAUUGCACAAACGGUAGGGUUCACAAAGGACAUAGUUUCAAUAAAAUUUUCGAGGUUUCUGGAGUUUUCAACCCUAAAAAUUAGACCCAGGAGUGGUCAUGGAGGAGUCAUCACAGAAGGCCAGGACAGUUUUUUGGCUCAAGUAGCAAAAAUAAUUCCACGACAUCACAUCCAGAGAUUCAAAGGCAAAGUGUGCAAGCAAUAAAAGACUUCGUUCGUGAAUUAUUUAGCAGGAGAUAGGUAAGGGUUCCACAACUAUCAAUGCUAAAUAGAAUUGGCCGCUUAAGUUGGAGUUUUGAGCAUGAAAACAGGACAAUUGGUGAAAUGUGCGAUUUUCGGAUCAGAUCAAAAUUAGCCUACAAUUAGUCGAUGGGCGGAUCAGUGUUUUAAGAGUUCGUGGGAGACAAGUUAGGCUCCAUGCUGUCCGUUGGUCCCCAAAUAUAAAGACAAUCACUAACCGGCUAAAGGUAUGUGUAUUUAGUGCUACAACAUGUGGUAAGCUUUAGGGAAUUAUUUCCUUUAUAUGGAGGAUAAUGCUCCGCCACAUUCCAGCAGAGUUACCAAAAAUUGUUUGGAAGGUGUGACCGAAUUAGAGUGGCUUUCUUGAUCGUCGGAUCCCUUUGACCACUUAUGGGAUAACGUUAAAAGAAGAAUUAGAACUCGUCAAAAUAUCGAUGGCAACACAGAACAACUUAUACCGGCAGCUUUAGAAGAAUGGGGAAAUGUUCCCUAAGAAGAGAUUAAUAAUUUAGCAGAAAGCGUGCCACGUUGAAUUCGUGCUUGAAUUGCUGCUAGCCUUGCAACCCCUCAACUGAUGGCUGAACGCGCCAUUCGUCCGUCGCGACGCAGAGCGCAUCGCCGCCGCCACCGCCACCGUCCCCCUCAAAUCAAUAGUACGGGGCGCAAAAACAAACAUGGCUGACAGCGAGUUCGAGGAGUUCACACAAUGCUUCGAAAAACUGCCCUCGCACACCAAGAACUCGGCACCGUUCUACUCGUUGGUGCACGACGUGCUGGUGGACGAGGAGUCGCCGACUUCUUCCAAGAGCGAUGGUGAAACCGACUGUGAUAUGGCGGGCUGCGUCGACAGUGCCGCAUGCAUGCCGACGAACGGUGCUCAGGUGAUGUGCGAAAAACCGGAGCCGGUCCGGUUCUGCGGGAUGCCCACGCCGCCCUAUACCGGGGAGCGGCGGCGACGGAAACUUCCGGAGAUUCCCAAGAAUAAAAAAUCCGGAAUUGUGACAAUGUAUAAUGCACAUCAGCUGCCGAGGGAAAUGUCCCUCGCAGACGAACUGGGCACGUUUACAUCGUCAGGAUCCGGCCCCAGCUCAAUUCUAGUAUUAAAGUGCGGCUACUUGUGGGACACGGACUCCCCGGAAUCGGACCGACUGCUCACCGACGCCGACAGCGGCCACAGCACCGCUCACUCGCCCACAGGAACCGACGGACCCAAAUCCAUGUCCCCGUUGAUGGGGACGUCGCCCUCGUUGGUCGGGGGCGGCAUGCCGUACAACGACGUCGACAUGCUCGAAGCCACCCAUCGCGGCCUGCACAAGUUCAUACCGAGGCACGAGGACGAAAUCGAAUUGGAAAUUGGCGAUCCCAUCUACGUGCAGAAGGAGGCGGAUGACUUGUGGUGCGAGGGUGUAAACUUGCGAACGGGUCGCAUGGGCAUAUUCCCGUCGGCGUACGCGGUCGACUGCGACUACAGCGACUGGGACUCGUCGAUGGAGCACGGCAGACGGGAACGUUAUCUGCUGGGUUAUCUGGGCUCGGUGGAGACGCUGGCACACAAGGGUACGUCGGUGGUAUGUCAGGCGGUGCGCAGGGUGAUCGGCAACUCUGGCGUCGAGCCGGAGCAGCAGCCCUGCACCCUCGAGGUGUCCGAUCAGGGUUUGAGAAUGGUGGAUAGGAGGAAACGGAAUCAAAACGACCCGUGCAUAGAUUAUUUCUAUUCGCUUAAGAACGUGUCUUUUUGCGCGUUUCAUCCCCGUGACCAUCGGUAUCUAGGCUUCAUCACCAAACAUCCCACGUUGCAGAGGUUCGCUUGUCAUGUGUUUCGAGGAAACGACUCUACUAGACCUGUUGCCGAAGCAGUUGGACGUGCCUUCCAGAGGUUCUAUCAAAAGUUUAUUGAGACUGCUUACCCCGUUGAGGACAUAUACAUUGAAUAAGGAGAAGUGUAGUGCAAUAAUGUAUAUACUUAUUAUUAUACCGCUGUGUCAUCAAUAAUGAUAAAUCAUUUUAUUUGUAUUUUUUAUAUUAAAUACAUAAAGUUAAUGUUUUGUUGUUGAAUUCGUAACAGCAGUUUAUUUUUUAAUCAUAUCAUAUUUUUCAACUGUACAUAUUACAUACAUACGAUAUUUUAAAAAUAAAAUCAUUUUAUUCCUGGA